AUGGUGAUGGACCAGGACACUCAAUGGCUAUACCAACUCCUAGCUGAAGUCCAGCUGGAGAAGUUUUACCUGCGCCUCAGAGAUGGCCUCAAUAUCACUCGCAUUGAGCACUUCAGCUACGUCAAAGAGGCCGAUCUGGAGCAGAUAGGAAUCAGCAAACCUGGACAAAGAAGACUAUGGGAAGCUCUGAAACGCUACAAGACAAGUGCACGCAUGCGGUCAUGGGUGCCGAAGGUGUUCAGCGGUCGAGGUCCAGACGGUGGAGAGCAGUUAACCGGAGGUGGCCAAGCACAGGGCCAGGAAGUCCGGGCUCUUCCUUGUCUAAUCCAAGACAGUGAGCUGAUGCUGGCGGAGAGGCUGGGCUCUGGGUCAUUUGGGGUGGUGAAGAGGGGAGAGUGGCACACACCCACUGGAAGAGUGUUGCCUGUGGCAGUUAAAUCGCUGAGGAGCAGUAUGUCGAGGCAGGCAGACACACUGAAAGACUUUCUCCAAGAAGUAACCGUCAUGCAGUCUUUAGACCACCCCAACAUCAUACGACUCUAUGGUGUGGUGCUCACACAGCCCCUCAAGAUGGUAACAGAGCUGGCCGCCUUGGGCUCGCUUUACGACACCCUGCGUGCACGUCAGUAUGAUUACUCUCUGGUCCGCCUUUGGCUCUUCGCUACACAGAUUGUGUCAGGCAUGGAGUACCUAGAGAGCAGGAGAUUCAUCCACAGGGACUUAGCUGCAAGAAAUGUACUGCUGGCAUCCAAGGAUAUGGUGAAGAUCGGGGACUUUGGUCUGAUGCGAGGCCUGAACCAGGAGAAAGAUCACUACAUCAUGUCGGCACACAGACGGAUACCGUUUGCAUGGUGUGCUCCAGAGAGUCUUCGCAUCGGCUCUUUCUCCCUUUCCUCAGACGUGUGGAUGUUUGGUAUCACUCUCUGGGAAAUGUUUACCUAUUGUGAAGAGCCCUGGUUUGGUCUGUCGGGCCGGCAGAUAUUAUGGCGGAUAGAGCGGGAGGGCGAGCGCCUGGAGAAGCCACCCGAUUGCCCUCAGGAGCUAUACGCUGUAAUGCGAAAGUGCUGGGCAUGCAAUCCUGCAGACAGACCCAGCUUUGCCCAGCUCACCGCGAUGGUGGCAGAGGCUAAACCUAGAGAGGUGCAAGCAAUAAGAGAAUUUGCCGAACCCAGAAAGCUCACACUUUUGCCCAACGACCUCGUGACUGUCAUCGACCACAGUCUGGAGCUGAGUGAGUGGAGGGGGCAGAACCAGAGGACAAUGGCCAUUGGCUGGUUUCCCGCAAGCCUCACUGUCCCAUCACUUCCCUCAGCAGCCGCAGUGUCCUCCGGCAGCCCCGGGCCUAACCCUGGUGGCUACAUCUCAACCCCAGUAAAGGGCAGUUUGCAACACACUGGGCACGGAGACGUCAAACCUGAGCGCUCCUGGGGAACGCCUGAGACCCUGGACGAGGCUGGCGGUGGCUGGAGGUCAGGCCCCGGCAGGGAGAAGGAGGGAUCCAAUCUGCAGAAAAUGGCAGCUAUGACUAGAAGCCUGGAGUCAGUCUUAGGUGGACAUCGGCCCCGAGCUCAUACAGUAGGGGUGUUCAGAGUGGAUCAGCACGGCAAACUCCUUCCUCCUGUGAUGCCGGCUCACAGUGCGGUGAUGCAACAGGAUCCGCGCCGGUUGAGCGAGGCUAGUAUCGUUCCCCCUCCUCGACCACCACCUCCCAACCUGAAAGUGCUUAGGAAAAUCCAGAGGAGACCUACAAUUAACCAAGCCCAGGGCAAUGCAUUGCCCCAGCAAAUGGUUCCCUCUGCUCUGAUACAGACACAACCCCAGCCUCAGCAGGUUGUCGGGGGUUCCAACCUCACCAAAAUGGCCCAGCUGGCACGCUCUACCCCACAGCUGGAUGAGUACUCUGACAGCAGAGAGAGAGAUCGGGAGCGAAUAAGAGAACGGGAGAAAGUGCCUCAGAACACAAGAGAGGGUCUCAUUGCACAGGUUAUGGAGGCGGUACAUGGCGUGACCACAGAGGAGGUUCACAACGCACUUCAACGAAAUGAGUGGAACCCAGUGCGAGCUGAACAGCAACUAAAGAUGGAGCAGCUGUACUCGCUGAGCCUCUGCUCCAGAGAGGACUGCGUCAAGAUCCUCGCCAAACACCAGUGGAACCUGCAGAUGGCCAGCCGCUAUCUAAUCCGAGUGACUGCCAGCGACAGGGCCGGCCCGCCCGAGAGGGAUCGGCCUCUGAUCAGCCCGGAAAGAAGACUGUCUCGGAGAGAUUAUAGCUGUGUCCAAAUUCAUGGGCUGCAUCCUCCUGAGGACCCGGCCUUCGCGGUCUACGUGGGCCGGGUCCUUCCACGGACGGGGGACGGGGAAGGCCCGAGUGAAGCCUCCGGCCACAGUAAAGACGCCAGCGGAACCGUCACGAGCACAGACAAUACAGUGUUGGGGGCUAUUGUGGCACUCUGCUCCGAACUGGCAGGUGUUAAGGCUGAAAUUUGUGACAAAAUUGAAAAUAAGAUCUCAGAAGUCACAGCAGUAUUAAGAGGGGAGAUAGCCGAGAAUGACAAAGCCAUAACAACGCUAAGGAACGAGAUAGAGUCACAUGGCCAUACGCUGCAAGAGCUAACUGAUACGGCUAGCGGCUCAUCCGAUGCAAUACGGGAGUUGGAGAACAAAGUUGAGACACUCCGUGGGCAAGUGACAUCGCUUUCUGAAAAAUGCCUCAACCUCGAGGGACGUUCGAAGCGUCAGAACCUAAGAGUGGUAGGGGUGAAAGAAGGCAAAGAGGACGGGCAGAAUGCCAGGGAGUUUGCAGGGAGGCUUUUAAAAGAAGCACUUGGUCUGGACGAGACACCUGUGAUUGACAGAGCCCACAGAGCUUUGAGAAAGAAGCCCGGAGAUAACGAACCACCCCGACAUCUUAUUGUAAGAGUUCACUACUGCCACACCUAUGAGGACAUCAUGAAGAAAGUCAUGGGCACCCGGGAUAUAACAUUUUGUGGCCGGCGGAUUCUUCAGAUUUUUCAGGACCUGCCUCCUGAGGUGGCAAAGCGCCGAGCUACGUUCACCGCUGUGAGGAGGAUGCUACGCGACAAGCCGGGGAUCAAAUACGGGCUUCUUUACCCAGCCAAACUACGAGUGUCUCACGACGGUAUCGAGAAGUUUUUUACUGAUCCGGAAAAAGCACGACAGUAUGUGUCAGGUUUUGUAUUGUUGAUUGUCAUUUAUGCUUAG